AAUGCCUGUCCAGUUCCUCAAACCGGCUUCACGUCCAGUCCCUGAGUUUAUUACAGGUGCUAGAUUAUAGCCUCGGCUCUUUCCAAACCGAGCAAUUGUAGCGCGUUUAAAAUGACCUGACGGCAAAGCAGGCGCGGGUCCCUGUGUGUGUGUGCGCGUCUGUGUCUGACCAACGACGCGCUGAAGGUAUCUGAUGUGAUGAAAACCCCGAGUCCCGUGUAUCAAAACCCGCUGAUUCAUUUUCAUGAAGUAAAAAGUCUAUUGUCUGCCAACCCGUCACAUGGCUAAAUUAUACUGGGCUGAAUGAAACACAAGGACGAGGGGCACACACAGAGCCCGGCACAAUCCGGUACUGUACAGCGCUGUUCUGUGUUCAUAUCUACACUCUGCCGCCAGCUACACACCACACUACGCAAGACUCCUGCGCCCGCACUCUUAAACUAGCAGCUGGUUUUAAAUACAUAUUACCGGAUGCAUCUUUAAAUCUUUUUUUUAAAUAAAUAAAUAAAUAGGAGACGAAGCUCCGUUGCAACUGACUACCUCAGGGAAGCAAAUAAAAGGAAACAAACAAACCAGACCGAAAUAAAUAAAUCAAUCAAUCAAUACAGCUCGACAUGAGCUUUCUUCCAAAAAGCGAAUCCAAAACGUCUUUGCUGAAAUCGGCAGCUGCUGGGAGGAAAACGGCUUCCCACUCAGUCUCCGGGAGGCGAAGCAACCUCCACCCUGGCAACCACAGCGGGAGGGGCGGCGGAGGAGGCAGAGCAGUCGAGUCGGACGUGAGCGGCGGCGGUCACGGAGAGCCCCGUUGGCCGGCUGACGGGGAUGCCAGCACCCGCAGACCCCUGUGUCACCCGUGGGCCAGCCGGGAGAACGGGACGAGGCAGGGCAGUGGGAAUGAAUCGCAUGCCACGGCAGCCCUCGGGCAUCAGCCAGACCAGCAUCAGGCGGCAUCAGGACUGAGCGGUGUGGAGCAAAGCAAAACUUCAAAGCAUCACCACCACCGGCACCAUCACCAUCACCACCGCCAUCACAACCAUCAACACCACCCAACACCGGGACAUCCUCCCCCCCAGCACAUCGCCUCGGACCCCGGGCACCCAGACAGCCUGCCCGCCGCUGCCCCGCAGUCUAAACGGAAAGAGGACAUGGCGCGGGAGAAGUCCAGAGCCGGUUCUACUCUGAGCGUCGCCUCCGACCAUUCGGGGAACAACCAGCCCCAGACGCCUUCCUCCUCCCCGCUCGCCAAGUCUUCCAGCCGCGCGUCCGGGAAGACGUGCAAAAGCAGCACCAUCGCCGGGUCUGCAGAGACAGACUCCAGCCUGUCACAUAAUCUCAGACCCGUCCUCAACCCGGCGUACGGCCAGAUCCAUCGGGAGGAGAAGCGGAGCUACAAGGCAGUGCAGACCUGUGAGGAGGCCGCGCCCCCCGGCUCCCUGCUCGACCCCUGUCAGGGCCCCCUGCUGGCUCUAGCGCAGAACUGCACCCUCGUGCACAACCUGCUGGGACCCGCCUGCAUCUUCCUGCGCAAGGGCUUCGCCGAGAACCGGCAGCCUGACAGAGAGCUGAGGCCGGAGGAGCUCGAUGAGCUGCGCGAGGCCUUCAAGGAGUUUGAUAAGGACCGUGAUGGCUUCAUCGGCUGCAAGGACCUGGGCAACUGCAUGAGAACCAUGGGCUACAUGCCCACUGAGAUGGAGCUGAUCGAACUGAGCCAGCAGAUCAACAUGAACCUGGGCGGCCACGUGGACUUUGAAGACUUUGUGGAGCUGAUGGGGCCGAAGCUCCUGGCAGAGACAGCGGACAUGAUCGGGGUGAAGGAGCUGAGAGACGCCUUCAAAGAGUUUGACACUAACGGGGAUGGGGAGAUCAGCACAGCGGAGCUGCGGGAGGCCAUGAGGAAGCUGCUGGGACAGCAGGUGGGACACAGGGACCUGGAGGAGAUCCUGAGGGACGUAGACCUGAACGGGGACGGCCACGUGGACUUCGAGGAGUUUGUGCGGAUGAUGUCACGCUGAGGGACUGGGCUCAGGAGAAACUGGUUUAAGGACUGGCAGGGCUCCCCCAUUCCUUCCCCCACCUCUCCCUCUCUCUCCCUCUGAUCAAACCCGGCCACAGGGGCAGAGAGCGCCCCCUACCUGCAGAAACUGGAAGACCACAUGAGAAAAGCGACCAGGGGAACUCCGUGCAGCGACCAGACGCCAUCUGCACCCCCCUCCCCCACCUCGCCAUCUCUGUGCAUAUCUGAGGGGUCCCGGUCCCCCUUGUACACCGUCCUCUACCUGGAAGCUGCUGUCGGGGUCCAGGGGGCUGUCACUGUACCAAUGCAGUGCCGUGUCGUCUGUGUGUGCGACUGGGUGCGUAAGCGUGUGGCAGGAGUGUGAAUGCACGUUUAUAUCAGUGUGUGUCUGUCAGUCUGUGUGCGGGUGCGUUUGUCUUUGCCUGUGUGUGUGUCACAGUUUCUGUCUGUCACUGUGUGUGCGUGGGUGUGCACGAGCAUGUGUAUGUAUGUCGAUAUCAGUGUGUGCGUGCGUGAGUGUGUGUGCGGGCGUGAGAAUGCACUGUAUGUCUAUAUCAGUGUGUGUGUGUGUGUGUGCUGCAUGCCUGUCUCACUGUGUGUGUGUGCUGCAUGCCUAGAUUAAUUUGUUAUUAUAAGUGUACAAGUUGAUAAUAAAGAAAAGGUAAAUGACAGGAGUGCUGUGGGUCUGAUCUGUUUUCACUCCACCUGGGAUCCGGGAUGCUGCUGAAAAACUGAAAUGGGUUUCACAAGCACCAACAUGCACACGCACACGCACAGACAC